AUGAGUGCCGUGGACUGGUACCCCCGGCUCGGCUCGCUGCCGCAUGUGACGAUGCGCGAGAAGGACUCCUCGCCGCGCAAGAUGCUGAUGGCGUCGGGCGGCAGCUCGUCGCCGAAGCAGGCGUCCGUGUACCCCGCCGAGCCGCCGCCGCACCCGGCCAAGGACGCCAACGGCGGCCAGGCGGCGGGCGCGGACGGCGACGGCGACCCCCACGAGGACAUGAUGCCCUUCGACCUGUCCCGGCACCACCGCGCCGACGCGUCCGAGCCCGCCGUGCCGCAGCACGCCGAGGCGCCGCACAUGUCGCCCGCGGCGCGGCCCGACGGCGACGGCCACGGCGACGAGCAGCCCCUCGACCUCCGCGUCGACCACAAGAAGGACUACCAGCGGGGGCGGCCCCUGGAGGACGAGAACCAGAACGUCAUCAUGCGGUCGCCGUCGCCGCUCUCCGUCGGCGGCAAGGACGACCACGAGCGCGACCUGGACGUCGACGGCGACGAGGACGACGACGAACAUCUUCGAGGGAAGUCCCCGCUCAGCAGUCCGCGCAGCCCGAAGAGCCCACGCAGCGUCAGUCUGAAAAGUCCGAGGCCGUCGCCGUACCCGCUCGUGUUUCCGCACCAGUCGCUGCACCCCUACAUGCUGGAGGCCAUGUACCGCGAAAAGGGCCCCCGCUUGCCCAUCGGCUACCCGGACGGCCACCCCGCGGCGUACCCCGGCGGCCCGCGGCCGUACCACUUCCUCGGCGCCAGCCUCCUGAACCACCACGACCGGUCGCCGCUGGCGCCCAGCGCCUUCCACCCCGCACUGCAACCACCGCCCACGCCGCCCGCGCCGCCCACGCCCACCUCCAAGUCCUUCCCGGCGGACGGCGGCCCGGCGGCACCGGCCACCACGCCCAGCGGCAAGCUCAAGGACAGGUACUCGUGCAAGUUCUGCGGCAAGGUGUUCCCGCGCUCCGCCAACCUGACGCGCCACCUCCGCACGCACACGGGCGAGCAGCCCUACAAGUGCAAGUUCUGCGAGCGCUCCUUCAGCAUCUCGUCGAACCUGCAGCGGCACGUCCGCAACAUCCACCACAAGGAGAAGCCGUUCAAGUGCCCGCUGUGCGCGCGCUGCUUCGGCCAGCAGACCAACCUGGACCGCCACCUCAAGAAGCACGAGACGGACGGCCCCACCAUCCUGGACGACCGGGAUCGCUCCGCCGCCGCCGUGCUGCAGCCCGGCCUGUCCCCGGGUGCGCCCGGCGUGGGUGACGAGUCCUACUUCGAGGAGAUCCGCUCCUUCAUGGGCAAGGUGAGCGCGGACGGCAGGAUGGUGCUGCCGCUGCAGCGGUCGCUGCUGCCCAUGGGGUACCACGGCCACCUCUACCCCGCGCCGCCGCGCCGUGACGGCCGGGACCGGGACCUGAACGGCGCCGACCCAGCCGGCACGCCGCUCUCCCUCGUCGACAAGAAGCAGCGCGACUCGUCGAGUAGCAAGGACUUCUCGUCGAGGUCAUCCUCCGCGUCGUCGGCGUACUCCGGGCGGUCGGCGUCGCCCCACCCGCGGCCGUGCACCGCGUCGCCGCCCCCAGGGCCGCGGCGCUCGGACAAGGACUCGGACCGGGAGGAGGAGAGAUCAUCACCGCCGGACUCGCCGGCCAGCAACACUUGA